AUCAAUGCAUUUUAGUAUUAUUUGGUUCGAUCUUCAAUUCAGUUUGCCCCAUUGUCUUGAGAAAGUUCACAAACACAUAACCAAAUCGAAUAAUGUUCGGUCCGGUCCAUCUGAUCCUAUAUGGAUCAAAUAUUUACUACCUACCCAUGACUUUACACACACAUUAUAAGCUCUAACCCUAUGUGCAAAUAGUCAACCAAUAUAUCAAAGUCUUUCUUCCCUACUUUCUCCAUCAUCCUCAAGUGCCCUAAAAUGAAAUCUGCCCCGCGCUUCUCCCUAAUCGAUAUAUUCUUUGACAAAAUAUAGAGGGUACCCUCUCACACAUGGAACACUGAGGGGUCGUUUGGCUGUGGGAAUUGAACGUGGGAAUUGGCCCUCUUUCCCACGUUAUGCAGUAAUUGGCUGGAAAUUUCAUGUUUGGCAGCAAAAAAUAAAUAUGGAAAUUGGGCCGUGGGAAUUGGCCCAAUUACAACAGACGCAGGAAUGAGAAUUACGGCCCCCACCCCCCCGGAAUUUCAAUUACUGCGAUUGAAGCAAUUUUCUUGCCCAAAUUGACCCUUCUUUCUUCCUUCCGUUUUCUUCCCGCAUCUUGCUUCUUUUUUCUUCCCUCUCGUUGGUACGAAGUGCUCCACAACGACGACCACAUGGAACGAAGAAUAACGGCAAGCUCAGAGAAAAUUGAAAUCCGAUUUCGGUGGUACCCCGCGAGAGAAGGAGAAGCUUUUUCUCAGUCGCUCUACCGUCUCCGCCGCUGCCUCCGAAUUCACUUCCCCUGUCGCCCCAACAACUCCAAUCACCAGCUCGGUAAUCUUCUCCGCCGCUACCACGAUCUCGUUCUCCCCCACCAGCUUCCGCCUCCAAGUAAUCCACAUUCCACACCUAUGCGAUUCCUAAAGUUUUUCUACGGGAUCGACGUCAGAUUUAGCCGUCCUCAGGCAGGUAAUACAUGCAUGGAACUAUCUGUCAUAGCAAUUGAUCGACAUUCACAAAACAACAGCACAAGUCUACUUCUCACUAAUUAGUAGCAGUAUUAGCAGUUAGCAGCAGAAGCCAUAACAGUUAGCAGCAGGGGAUGGCACCAUCAUCAUGUCAUGGCCAUGGUCAGUUUGUCUGUGGGAGUGCUGCGACUGGUUAGCCUGGUUGCAUGGAUCAUGAUUAGUAGGUCGAUAGCAUUUCAUUGAAGCCAUGAUACACAUUUCUUGUUGCUGUAUGAUCCAAGGCUAAAAGAAAUGGCUUGGUUUGCUACAAAAACCAGAGUCAACUGUGGCCCAAAUUUAUAGCAGAGAAGUGGGAAGUAGUGCAUUAUGGUUUCAAUUAUUUGAUUCCAUUACUUUGUUUCUGAUCAGAUGGUGGAUGAGAAUAGUUCAGAUUGUUAUGCUGCUCUCUUUAUCUUUGCUUUCUUUGGGAGAUAAAUGUAUAAAAUGGUAUCUCGUCUUAAUGGGUACUUUUUUUGACAAAGUCUUAAUGGGUACUUGCACACUAAUUGGCAUGUGAUUUUGUAGUUAGCAGCGGUUAUUAAAUAGUAGCAGAGUUAGUUACAACUAGCUAGUAGCAGCAACUAGUCGUUAGUAGAAACACAGUAGCAAUAGUUGGUAAUGAACCACUCCUUGUAUAUAAAUCAAAGAGGGCAUUCUUGUAUUUCCUCAAAAUUCCAUACCACCAAUUCCCACAAAAAUAAACCAUUUCCCAAACAUGGAAUUUCACUCAAUUUCCACAACCAAUUCCUUGCUUUUGUAAAAUGUGGAAAUUCAAGCAAAUUUCCAUGUUUCCAAAUUUCCACAUCCAAACGACCCCUGAGUAUAUGCAAAUGAUGUGGGGGGAUAUCAAAUAUUCCUCCAAUGGGUCCUUUUUUGCACUGUUCCUGAGUUGUCUCAUUUACAAAUUUUGAUCAUACAUAUAGCAGUUUGAAGUUUGAACUCCAAGAGUGCAAAUGACUAGAUGUUACAUUACUAGUAGGUUGUUGUACUCGAAACGAAAGCCACUAAUAAGAGUUUGAAGUUUGCACAUGAGGAGGAUGGGCUAUCCUGCUGAUCAGGUUAUACUUUGGGCUAAUAAUUGCAAGAGAGGCCAAUAAGAAAAGGCUAUAUGUGCAUGUAAGAUUGCCCAACAAAACUUGGGGGGUGAAAGGGUGUAAUGGGUCAUAAUGAUUGAUGGCUAUGAAAUGGAAUGGAGCCUCCCCCUAUGCGACUAAUAGCUCGACCAGGUUUCCUGCUCAAGGGUCAAGUGCUACAGAAAGAGGAAAAACAUAAUUGUACAUUAGUUGAUUGAGAGCUAAUUAUUGUGCUGUUUGGUGACAUUCUGCUCUGAAUUCUGAUUAGUUUGGCAUGUGCAUUUCUACACAAAACUGGAAUGCUUUGUUUGAUGGAAUUAUAUGGUGAUCUGCAAACGGAAAUCAAAACUUAUGGCUAAGGAUUAUAAUAGUGACAAGCGAUGUGAGGAAGUCAGAUUGAACUUAUCGAGUUUUAUGAUAUGUAUAUCAUGAAGGAAGAUUCAAUUUUUUUUUUUUCAUUUUUUGUCGCGGUGAGUAUAUACAUGAUCUAAUUUUAGGAGAUUACAAAAAGUGGGAGGGGGAAAUCAAAUGAGGAUUGAAAAAACGUCGAUGAACUUAAUUUGUGCAAAAUAUGUUGAACUUACGUCAUAAUUCCCACUAAAUAAGUGUCAAACACGUGAUCCCAAGGACCAAAAAAUUCCUCUAAUCAGUCACAAUUAGUAGCCACUUUUUUGCUGGCUGACUUGAUCACCUUCUCAUCAUGCCAGAACUCCAUGUAUACAACCAAGGUCAGUGCCAAAUAAAGUCAGUACUAGGUU